UCUAGUAGAUAUGUUGACAGCGUGACUUAAUAUUUUUAUGUGUGUUUUUGUGUGUGAGUUGAGCUACAUGAACCAACCUGUGUUCAUCUUACAGUCAGAGACUUUUGUAGGACAACAGUGCCAUCUUUUGGACAGGACAUAAACAAACGUUGCACAUUUAAACAUAUAAUCUGUUUAUCAACAUUUUGUAAAAUGUAAGGAAAUAUACUUAAAAUAAAAUAUAUAUUUGUACCGGAUGGCAACUAAGUAAACUGCAAGAAAUUUAAAACGGAAAUAACCUAGAGGAAUCUAAAAUCUAAAAUGACUAAAACCCACUCUAUAGCGAUGUUGGUUCAUAAGGUUCAACCUACAGGCCUAACCUCUAUCGACCCCGGAAAAGCCUGAAUUCUUCACGGAAUGGAUUUAACAAGAUGUUGGAAACUGGUGUUAGUAGUAGAAAUGUUUCUGCCAGUUUGAAACUGUUUCCAUGACAAUCCUUGUAGUAUAAACAGGCCUUAGUAAAUUAUUUUGAUGACAUUGGGCACAUAUUGCACAUCGAUGCGUACCGACCUUACGUGACCCAGGAGGACAGCUGCUUUUAAGAUACUACUGGAACCAGUACGCAUGGCACUGAUGAUCAUGCGACACCUAAAAGAGAAAGGUAACUUUUUCCAUAAGGACUAAUAUUAAUUCAACUCUAGUUGGUCAAAACACAGAACAACAGUCUAGCACAAGCGCCAACCGGCUGUUUGAAAAUCGGAAGUAACGUAAGUAAGCUAUGUACGUCAUCAAAUCGCGCGAUCUGAAGUACACAAUCACAGUCAACCGGUCACAACUAAGUAGCCAAUUAUUUUCUAUAUCGUGGAAUCUACAGUGCUCAAUGCGAUAGGAUUUUGCCAUUACUAUUUAACCAAUAAGGUCUGAAGAUGACUGAGAUCAAGAGAGCCUUCUCAAUGGUGUGGGACCACUUCUCCUUAGUGACACCCAACAAAGUCCAGUGCUCUCUCUGUUCACAACGGCUGAGCUUCAACAAAAACACCUCAGCCAUGUUAAGGCACCUACGGUCAAGGCACCCAAGCGAGGCUUGGUACAGCAACUCAACAUCUGGAGCCCACGCAAACAUAAGCAGCUCAACAUCUGGAGCCCACUCAUCGUUCUCCAGCUCGAUAAUUAGCAGUGCUGGAGUCCACUCAUCGUUCUCUGGUACUGCAGGACUGAACUCAAUGUUUACAAACAGUACGGCUGCAGGACACCACAUCCAAGUCAGAACCACCAGGCAAGAGGACCUGGAUGAUGCCCUGGUGAACAUGUUGGUUAAAGACACCCAUCCGUUUUCAGUAGUCGAGGAAGAGGGGUUUGCUGCGUUCAUCCAAAAGCUUGACCCAAGCUACAAUCUUCCAAACAAGCAAGCUCUAAAGAAAAUGGUGGAAUCUCGGUGUGACAUCAUCAAUCAUAAUAUUAUGUCUCAGAUAGAAAUAUCCAACUUUGUCAGCCUUACCUCAGACAUGUGGACAUCUAUAGACAAAGACAGUUAUAUAUCAGUGACAGGGCAUUUGAUUGCGGAAAAUGCCCAGUUAUCCACUUUCCUCCUUGGGAUUUCUAAGCUGCCUGAAAACCACAAAGCAAUCCACAUUGAAGAGGCAAAAAACCAGCUGGUUGCGAGCUGGGGCCUACACAGCAGGGUUGCUGCAUUUGUUACGGAGACUGGUGGCAACAUGGUUGGCACGGUUCAGAAACUUGGGAUCCUCCAGUUGCCCUCUUUUGCACAUGUGCUGAACCUUGUGAUCAGGAGGUCCAUAGAUGCUACUUCAGAGCUGCAGGAAAUCCGCUCCCAAGCACGUGCAAUUGUGGCUUUCUUCAAGUUAAAUCAGAAUGCGGAGAUGAGGUUAGCCGAGGUGCAGGGGCAACUGGGCCGGACGGGGCAGAAACUGAUCCAGGAGGUGGACUCGAGGUGGAACAGCAGCUUUUCUAUGCUGGAAUGUCUCUUCGACCAGAGGGAGUCAGUAGCGGCUGCUCUCAGCACCCUGGACACGGACAUCAUCCCCCUGGGAUCGGCUGACUACGAGGUCAUCCACCAGUGCCUCGGAGUGCUCGGCCCCUUCAACCAGGCCACGGCCGAGCUGUCCUCGGAGAAACGGGUCUCCGCCUCCAAGGUCAUCCCUUUGAUCCGGAUGCUGAAGAUAACACUGGAGAAGAAGCACAGUGCCGCCACACACCCUGCAGCCAUGCAGCUGUCCUCCAGCCUGCAGAGGGAGCUUCAGGCCAGCUGCAACGUGGUAGAGACGGAGCCGGUCCUGGCGCUGUCCGCUCUCCUGGACCCGCGCUUCAAAAUGUUGGCCUUCGGGAACCUGGGCUAUGCUCAGGAGGCGGUGAAGCUCCUCACCUCUGAGUGCGCCUCUUUGAUCCGCAGCAAUCCGGACAACAUUGACACUUUGCCUCCGCCCGCCGCCGGGUCCGCGACGUCCUCGCCGUCCUCGCCCCAGACCGCUCCCUGGGUGAUGGACACCGCCCCUCUCUCGGCGGAGGCCUCUCCGUCCAAGUCCCAGGACGGAGGUCUGUGGGAGAUAUUUGACAGCAAAGUGGGCGAGACUCAGAGCGUCCAGAGCAGCACCGCGGACGCCGCGGUGGAGGUGCAGCGGUACCUGAGCGACCCGUACCUGAACCGGGCGGAGAACCCUAUGCAUUACUGGGAGAAGCACUCCAAGGUGUACCCGCACCUGUUCCAGCUGGCCCGGAAGUACCUCAGCGUCCCAGCCUCCUCUGUGCCGUGUGAGCGCAUAUUCACCAAAGCUGGAGACGUGUUCAAUAAGAAGAGAAGUUGCCUCAGCAUGAAGGCUGUCGAGCAGAUAAUGCUUCUGAAUAACGGUCUGGUCUGAUCCUUCCCACGGAGUGCUGUUCUUCACUUUUUGGCAUGUGCGUGUAACUGGCGAACAUGCGCAUUCUAUUGUAUUCUUUCGUGUGUAUGUGUGUGUGUGCGUGCGUUAUAUAGAAUGGAGGUCUUAAAAAGUUUUUAAUAUUUCUCAAUACGGCAUCUCACCACUAGAGUGCAGUGCUUCAAUGCCCUACUUUGCUUGGCACACUUAGAUUCACAUUUGUGGCUGUCAAUGACAGUUUUUUAUUUAUUUAGUCAGUGGACUGAAUUGACCAUUGCUUAUAAAACAGUGUUUAAUGUAAAGCGGGGGGAAAAAACUAUUUAAAACAUUGUAAAUAUCGUUGACUUCUGUUUUGCAUUGCCAUGUAAAUCUUAAAGGUUGUUGUUCAUGGUU